AUGGAUUUAGAAGCGGAAAGUGCUGGAUCUCCAUCAUCAACAACAGCUGAAGCCGCCGGUUCGGAUUCCCAGGAACAAUUGAUAUCCGACGAAAAUCAAGAAGAUAAAUCAGUACAUUUAAAUAAGGGAAAAGAAAAACGUCUGAAUCGUCGAAUAGCAUUAGCUCUUGCCCGUCAACAUGAAAUAAGUCCACUUGUUGGAAUCAAAAAACCAAUGAAACCCGAUGAAACGAUUGAUCUCACUGUGGAAACUGACGACCCAACAAAUGAAUGGUUCAAUAAAACGUUCAAAGUUCCCAAGCAAAUCAAACAACCAAAAAUUGAUGAAGCUAGUGGAUUUGCACUACCUCACGAAAUAAAGAAAAAUGUACCCAAAAGCUUGAAAAUUGGCGCAAUUGUGAAAAAACGGCUGGAAGCGUCAAUGGCGGUCAAAAGGAAAAAUGCGUUAAUGAAACGUCGAGAAAUGUAUGAAAUGGACAACGAGCAUUUGAGGCCAGCGGAUGAUGAUGAAGAAGAGGAAGAGGAAAUUAUUAAGAAGAAAAAGAAAACAAAGCAACGACCUAGAAAUAACGGAUAUGAUAGUGAAGACGAUGAAGAUUAUGUUCCUGGCCGAAGUGACGAUGAAGAUGACGAAAAUAGUGAUCAAUCGAAACCCAAAUCCCAUGACCCUUACGAACUGAACAACGGUGAUCGUCAUUUGGCAGAUGAUGAAAUGAGCGUAAACUUACUUGACGAUUCCUUCACAUAUGAUGUUUUUAACAACGUAAAGCAUCAAUCAGGUCCGAGCUCAAUGUUCUCCGGAUUUGAGCCCAAACAAGACGAGCUCGAUCAGCGUAACGUGCUCUGCCUCCCAACUCUUGAAGCAAUGGAAGCUGAAAUUGCCAACGACAACCCCGAAAAUGACGAUUUUGGCGAUAUUUUAAGCUUGUGCUCUGGAAAAUUCGGAACAACUCAAGUUCAAACACCAACAACAAUCGUAAAUGACAAUACGACGACUGAAUCAUCCGUCGAAGUGACUUCAAGGAAUGAUCUUGUAGAUGAGAAGUCAAUAUUGAAAGAAUCGAACGGGUCAAACCAAGUCGACGAUGAGGAAGAAGAUGAUGAUGGAGUAACUGUUAAAACUAGAAAAACGCGAAAGGUUUUCGAUAGCGAUAACGAAGAAGAGGAAGAGGAGCACGCAAAUGAUUUGCCAGAAACUAUUCCACUUGAUGGAAUAGAGGAGAAUAAAGAAGUUGAAGUUGAAAAAACUAGGCGCGUAGUUCUCAGCGGUGAUGAGGAUAGUAGCGACGAGAAUGACGAUGAGGAGGCUGAGGAAGCGGAAGAGGUUGAAAUUGAAGAAGAGCCUGAAGAGGAGGAGGAGGAGGAGGAAGAAGAAGAAGAAGAAGCUCCUAACUUCGAUGAUGAAGACGACGAAUUGGCGGUCAUAAAAAGAAUCGAAUAUCAAGAGUUUAAGAAAAUGGCGAAAAAGAAGAACUUUUUUGACGAUGAAGCUUCAUUAUCUGGUGACGACGUCGGAAGUGACGUGGAUGAAGAUGAGCUUGGGAAUGAGUACGAGGCAGAAGAAGGAGAUGCUGACGACGUGCCAGACACUGAUACCAUUCGACGCCAGAAUCAUAAACUUUUGUUAAAGCAGGAGAGUGAUAAAGAGCAAAGAGCUCUUUUGAAACUACAAGAUCGUUUAUUGGCUGAUGGAGACUUAGGAGGAAUGGAGACGAACAGACAGUUCCGAUUCCGACUUCGUGAAGAGAUUGAUAACGAUGUAAUCAUUGCCGAGAGCGAUGUGAAGGGAAACGACGAGGAAGAGGAGGAAGAAGACGAGGAGAAACGAGCUGAACGCGCGAAAAUGAUCAAAUUUCGGAUUGAGAAGGCUGACGAGCUUAUGCUUCUCGAAGAGCCAAAAAGCGUCAAUGAUCCAUUUGAACGAGCUGCAAGACUUGUGAAAUCAACGAAGCAAGUUGUCGAGGAAGUCACAGUCAGAAAAGAUAAGCCUUCUCUUCUUUCAAAAACUACAACGUUAGCUACGAGUAUUCAAGAAAUGAUAACCCAAGGCGGCGCCGCUCCAAAGCAAAUGUACGUUCAAAAUUUCAACUCGUCGACUAAAGAAACUACAACGAAACUCGCGUUGAAACGAGGAAGAAGCUCGCCGGGGUCCGGAUUGGACACGAAAAGAAAUCGGCAGAGCAAAUUGAGCAGCCUUGAGUGA